GGAUGAUCGCGGACAGGCAGCGCAGCAGACACCCGGGCGAGGACCCGCGCGCGUCACUGGAUCCGCUACGGGGGCCGGGGCCUGGCGUCCGCGCCUGCCGCACGCACGCGCACUGCACCCAGCAUGAGGGUCGCGGCCCUGAUCAGCGGCGGGAAGGACAGCUGUUACAACAUGAUGCAGUGCAUUGCCGCAGGGCAUCGCAUUGUUGCCUUAGCAAAUCUAAGACCAGAUGAAAGCCAAGUGGAGUCAGAUGAAUUGGAUAGCUACAUGUAUCAGACAGUGGGUCACCAUGCCAUUGACCUGUAUGCAGAAGCAAUGGCUCUUCCCCUGUACCGCAGAACCAUAAGAGGAAGGAGCUUGGAGACAGGAAAAAUGUAUACCACACGGGAAGGUGAUGAGGUUGAGGAUCUCUAUGAACUAUUGAAACUCGUUAAGGAAAAAGAAGAAAUAGAAGGAGUAUCUGUAGGUGCUAUACUUUCUGAUUAUCAACGUGUGCGAGUAGAAAAUGUAUGUAAACGGCUUGAUCUCCAGCCUUUGACUUACUUAUGGCAGAGAAACCAGGAAGACUUGCUCCGAGAGAUGAUAGCGUCUAACAUUGAAGCCAUCAUCAUCAAAGUAGCAGCUUUGGGCUUAGAUCCUGAUAAGCAUCUUGGGAAAACCCUGAAUGAAAUGGAGCCUUAUCUUUUCGAGCUUUCUAAGAAGUAUGGUGUCCACGUAUGUGGGGAAGGUGGCGAGUAUGAAACAUUCACUUUGGAUUGCCCUCUAUUUAAGAAGAAAAUCGUUGUAGACUCCUCAGAAGUAGUCAUACACUCCGCUGAUGCAUUUGCACCUGUGGCUUAUCUGCGACUUUCAGAGCUGCACCUGGAAGAAAAGAUUUCUUGUGGACUGGUCCAUUUUCAUCUUGUCAUCUGAAUCAGCUAUGAGACCUAGAUAUAACUUUAAAAUUAAUUUUUAUAUGAACUGUCAUUUUUUAACCUCAUUUUUUUCUUCAUGAAGAGUUUUAUAUAUGCCUUUCUGUUAUAUAUCACACAAAUUUACAUCACUUUCCUCUGUAAUUAUUAGAAAAAGAUGUCUAAGAAAGCUGUAGUGCACAAUACACAAUAUAGAGAUUGUUAGUGAACAUUUUAAAGAUGAUACUUAAACACCUUAUAAUAUAAAAUAACAAACUUAAUUUACUUAAAUUUUAUGUUGCUGUAAGUUAUUGAUUUAAGUAUGAAAAUGAUACCAAUUAGACAUGAGAUCACUAACCAAAAAAAAAAAAAACCUGAAUAAUGGAAAGAUCUGGAUUAAAAAUGGAGAAAUCACUAUUACUGUUUCUUUGGGACCCUGGCCCUAUUGCUUAUAGCAAAUUUGAUGUUACAAUGUAUCAUACAUCACACAGUGUCAAGCUUGAGUAAAUGAAAAGUACAAAGCUUUACAUAAAUCAACUAAAAGAUUACAUCAAAAUGCCUAAAAUUUAACAGAGUCAAACCUUUUACUUAUAACUAUUCAGACACUCAUCUCGCAUAAUUGUUUCAGGACCGUAGCACUUUGGAAAAUAGCAUUCAAACUUUAUUUUGGGGGGAAAAUGUACUUUAAACAAAAAGAGGUGCUUAGCAGUUAAGAACACUCCUCUUCCAGAAGGCCUGGGUUCGAUUCCCAGCACUCAAAUGGCAGCUCACAAGCAUCUGUAACUUCAGUUCCAGGGGAUCCAAAACCCUCUUUUGAUGGAGGAAGGUCACUGGUUAAUUAAUAAAGAAACUGCUUGGCCCUGGUAGGUUAGAACAUAGGUGGGUGGAGUAAACAGAACAGAAUGCUGGGAAGAAGGGAAGUGAGCUGAGAUGCCAUGCAGCUGCUACCCAGGGCAGACGCGAUGAAGCAAGCCGCCAGGUCAGACAUGCUGAAUCUUUCCUGGUAAGACUGGUGCUACACAGAUUAUUAGAGAUGGGUUGAUUGGGAUAUGAGAAUUAGCCAGUAAGGGCUAGAGCUAAUGGGCCAAGCAAUGUUUAAAAGAAUACAGUUUCUGUGUAAUUAUUUCGGGGCAUAAGCUAGCCAGGCGGCCAGGAGCUGGGGCGGCAGGGAAGCGGCCCUCAGCUCCUUCAACACUCUUUUGUCCUCCACAGGUAUCAUGCACAUACCUGGUACACAGACAUGCUUUCAUGGAAACUACCCAUACACUUAAAAUUAAAAAUAAAAGAAUUUUAAACAGUCAUAGAAAAUUAGUCUCAAUAUUAUUACUUUGCUCCAAUGCUGUGAGAUAAUACUCUUGUACACUGUAAAGAUUUGUCACUCUUAUUGGUUUAAUAACACAUUAAUUGGCCAGUCGAAAAGCGGGAAGUAUAUGUGUGGUGACAGGACUAGGAGAAUUCUGGGAAGAGGAAAGGCAGAGACCCAGUUGUGAGCCAGACAGAGGAAAUAAGAUUAUAAUGCCUUACUGAGAAAAGGUACAAAGCCACGUGUCUAAAUAUAGAUAAGAAUGAUGGGUUAAUUUAAGUUGUAAGUGCUAGUUACUAAUAAGCCUGAACAAUAGAUGGAACAAUUUAUAUUUAUUAUAAGUCUAUGUGUAUUUAUUUGGGAUCAAAUUUAUUGAUUUAUUGAUCAAAUUAACUUACCUUCAUUAUGAGAUUUCAGUAAAUUGUUGUAGGUGUAUUAAUCUUUAUUGUUCAGCAGGUAUUGCGGUAGCAGCCACAAGGUGGAGAGAUG